CAGAAAACUGAUUUCAAUAUCUUACUUCUUGGUGGUAACUGUCAUCUUCUGAGACCAUUGCUGUAUGUGUAAUUAAGAAGGCUUUUUUCCUGUGUGCAUUUACCACGUUUCUUAGAUGAUUUAAUUUACUAUUUUAUAAUUGAGGCCCUUCUGGAGUUCUGUAGACUUACCUAAAUAAUCUGGUGUUGAUGGCAUAAUUGUCUAUUUUCAUGCACUUUUCUUUCUGAGAAAUGCUGAGAGUUCACUGCAGCACCUUCUGUGCCUCCAAUGCUGAAGCUGAUGGUUCCUUUUGCUUUUUUAAUUUCAGCAAUUCUCUAUCCAUCUAAGGAUGUUUCCUUAUUUCCUCAGUUAGUUCAAUUUCUUAAAUAUUAAUUCUUAAAUACUGUUUAUACUAGUGAGAGAUUUGGGAAUUUGUAAUUAUAUUGACUGAUUACUGAUGCCUUUGCAAAACCUAUUUGAAGUCUAUGUCAGUGAAUUGUGUUUUGGUCAAGUGAUGAUUGUUCCCUUCUUAUGCAGCUGAGUAGAUGAAUUGCAAAAAUGGCAGCCAGGAAGGAGAUGCAGCUUGAAAAGUUAAUUGAUGAAGCUUCAAGAAAAAAAGAUUUCCAAUUAUUAGAACAAUUUCUGGUGACAGAAGAUGAUGAAAAUAUCUCUCACAAAUGCAGCAAACAGUUUGUCAACAAAUUAGACAAGCUUCUGUGUCAGGAACUUGGCAAACAAGAAGUCAAAAGCGUUUCCACUUUACUAAAUUCUAUUCAGAAAUGUGGGGAAAAAAUCAGCAUAGCAGGAGAAGAUGGGCUCCCAGCAAUGAUAAAAUACGGUCUUAUUGGAAGGAUGGUUAAUUGGUUUGAAAAGGUAAAAGGAAUUUUUAUCCUCAGAGGAAAUGAGAAGAAUGAAAUGCUUACAAAUCUGGCUGAAGAUUUCUUCAACAUCUUGCUGGCUAUAUGUGAUAGCAGACCUGAAGGUAAAAUGCAAAUACUAGAAAACUUUGUUCUGAGAACAUGCACCCUCAUCGCUGAUUCAAGAAUUAAUAUUUAUGUUCAGCAGGAGGUAAUAAGGAAACUUAAUUUGAUGCUUAACAAUAUACCUCGAGAUGCCAGGAAGAAGAUAUUUUCUACAAAGGAUAUGUUGGUUGUCAUGAGUAACAUGGGGAGGAGAAUUUUAGAUGCUGGAGACUAUGACCUGCAAGUAGCUAUUACUGAAGCCUUAUGCAGAAUGAUACCAGAGAAACAAAGAGGAGAACUGGCAUGUGAGUGGUUUUCCAUGGAGUUUGUGUCCAGUGCAUUUAAAGGAAUAAAAGAUUCCGAGUUUGAAACAGAUUGCAGAAAAUUUCUUAACCAAGUGAAUGGCAUGCUUGGAGACAAAAGAAGGGUUUUUACAUAUCCGUGUUUAUCAGCUGCUCUUGAUAAAUGCGAGCUACAGAUACCAUUGGAUGAAAAUCUUGAAGAGUUUUGGAUUGAUUUCAAUGUUGGCAGCAGCAGUAUAUCUUUCUACGUGGCAGCAGAUGAUGCAGAUCAUCAGUGGGAAACAGUCAUUAUACCAGAAGAAGCAGUGGACUUGUACAGCCUUGAAGAAAAAGAUUCAAAGAAAUUGUUAACAAUAGAUCUAAAAAGCCCAAUGAAUGUGGGUAAUAGAGAAGGAAAGACAUUUUCUUUAUAUUUUGAUUCUAUUUUGGACGUCAAAGAUGUAACCACAAAGAUUUAUGGUUUUAGUAAAUGUAAGGGCUUUAGUAAGAAGCAGACUGCAUCAAUUGCCAAAACAACUGUACAUGUCAUCUUUGAUGAAAGCGGAUCACAGGUUCUAAUACCAGAAAGUCAGUUGUCACCAUGUUUGGAAGACAAAUGUGAAGAAGAGGAGAAAGUCAGUAAGUACAGAACCCAGCAAUUUCCUGGAACUUCGAGGGCUCUGAAUAAACGUAACAGUCAAGAAAAACACAGAGGUAGUUCCUCUGCGAUAACUGCAUCUUGUAAAAGGAAAGUGUCUGAAGCAUCUGUGCUUAUUCCUGCAACUACAAGAUUUUCCACAAGGAGUCCACUGGUAUUUGUUAACACAUCCACUCCUGGUAAAGGACGAUUUAAAUUACCUUUGGAAAUGAUUAGCUCUGCUGAAAGGUCUAACAGUAGUGCAGUAAAUGGGACCAGAACAAAGAAUUUCUAUCAAGAACCUAAUGGAAGUGGGCAAAAAUGUACAGUAGACAAUGGAUUUUGUGAAAUGGAACAGAAAAUCAAGAAGUCAAAUAUCAGAAAUGAGGCAAAAUUGCCUGGACAGCAAGUAAGUGCUGAAGAAGUUUUAGAAAUGAUGCAAGAGGCAGAAAAUGGGGCCACACAAAAGCAAGCCUUAGAUGAAGCGCUAGAUAUUGUUCCUGAUUCUCAGCCAGCAGGGAGAAGCAGCAAACCUUUGUUGCCUGGAGUUCUGGAGUGUUCUCUUGAUAAAACUAAUACACACAAAAAAAGAGCGUGCUCUGUUCCUAAGAAGAAUAUAACAACUGGUGACAGGCAAAAGCUAAAUCUAUCGUUGGCACAUACAUCCCAUCCAGCUAGAGUGUCCAAAACAUCUUUACAUACUGAUCUUACAAAAGAGGAACGUGAUGUUCUUUGUAGAAAAGAGACUGCAAAUUCAAAACAAUCUGAGACGAAAACAAAUUCUAAUGAAGUGACAGAUGCAACAAAAUCACUGAUUAGUAAAAUUAGUGACAGAUAUAAAAUAAAGACUGAUGAGAAAAUCAAAACAAGAGACUCCUUGUGUUUUAACAGGCCACAUUUAGAUAAAUCCUAUGUCUCUAAGGAAGAAGUUCAGGAUAAAAGCCUGAAAACUACUACUUUUCUUAAUAUAACUGCUGGUCAUAUUAUGGAUGAUGUCUACAACUUUAACAUCAGUGGUUUUGAUGAGCCUACAAUAAAGCUUGGAAUGAAAGAAUUGCAUGGUACUGAACCAAGUGUUCAUAUAGAUCCAAACAAAAAAGGGAGCGCAGAUGACAGUAAAACUAGUGCUGAAGUGAAAGGAAAAAAAAAAACUAGAAACAAUCAAAACAAGAAGCAUCUCUUUAGUGACACAGACACAGAAUACAGAUGUGAUGACAGCAAGACAGACAUUAGUUGGCUACAAGAAUCAAAUAGAAAAUCUAAACCCCAGUUAAUUGAUUACAGUAGAAAUAAAACCUUAGGGAAACCAAUAAGCACAGACAAAACAGAUCUGUUCCCUGAACCUGCUCACCAUGUGGAUAAACCUAAAGGCAAAAAUGCAAGUAAGAAAAAGAUAAAUGAAUGUAAAAAACAGAAUUCAAGAACUGAUGAAAUGAUAGAACAAACCACCAGGCAAAAGCGACCUCGAAGAGCAGCAUUAGCAAAAAAUUACAAAGAGCCGUCCAGUUCUGAGUCAGAGUGUGAAACGAGAGCUUCAGCAUGCACCUCUAGGGAGGUGAAAUCAAAAAUAAAGAAACACACAAAUGCGAAAAACAAGGAUGAUAAUCCACAAAAGGAACUCCAGAAUACUUUAUCUACGAAGUCAAAGACAGUAGCUGCCUUUGUACAUAAAGCAUUUAUUGUAUCAAAGAAUUCUGCCAAACAAAAUGAAAUUGAAAUACUUUCACCUGGGAGUCCUGCAUCUCUUGAGAAAAUGAGAUGUGCUGAAAGAAUAUCAGAAGGAGAUGUUACUCAAGAGCAUAGUUAUAGUGAAAUUCGAUCACCAGAUCUUCAGGAGUCAACACCAGAAAAAAAUGAAAUGUUAAACUUUGAGGCAGCAAUCUGUCCCGACAAUUACUGUUCACCAAAAAAGAAUAUUGAAAGUACAUGUCUAAAUCAGUCCCCUGAGAUGACUGGUAAAAAGUUAACAUUUGGAAAUAAAAGGUCCUCACCAGUUUUAUCUGAAGUAUCUUUGCUCAGCUUAACAACAUACAAAACUGUGAGUGGAAAACAUGCAAAGGGAUCUGGAUCUGAAGCAUGUGAUAAUAAUGAACAUUCAAGUUUUAGACGUUGCCUUACAGACACACCUUCUAUGAAAGGAAAAGUAGACAAAAUCACUAAACCUAUCAUCAAAAAUAAAGACAAGGAUUGUGUAUCACCGUCUCCAUUGUCUGUUUCCAGUGGAAGUAAAGCACAGUCUUGGAGUGAGGAACCUUGUGGCCCCAUACGUGAGCCAGGACCAAUUAUGCAGACAGUUCUCAAACGAACGUACCACAGUGAUACAGAAAGCAAUUCUGAUGAUGCAGAAGCAAGCAAAAGGGAGGAAAAGAAAGGAAACAGAAGAAUAAAGUUACAGCCUAGAAAAUUAUUUAAAACAGAUGAUGCUGUUAAUUACAGAGUGUCUGAAAGCAUAUCUGCUGUAUCUGUAAAUGAAACAUCUUUUUUGGAUGGCGACAUCUGGGAACCUGGUUGUUCAACUAUCAGUAUGUGUCAGAAGCUCCAGAAAGAAUUUACUAGGAAAAUUGAGAGUCGCUCUCAGAAAAUGGAUGAUUUUACUAAGCAGACUUUAAGAGCUGCCCACGAGCGUAUGACAGCAGUGAGUUACCAGCUUCAUGAAUGCAGGAUCAGGCAUCUGGACAAAUUUCAUUUUGCUCUCCUUGAGGAACUUGAGAAUUUUGAAAAAGAUUCGCAGUCCCUGAAAAACAUGGAAAAAGAAUUCUUGACCUUUUGGAAGAAACAUACACAUACUUUUAGUACAUACAUGAAAAAUGAGCAACAGAGAAUCCAGAUUCUUAAAACUUCAUUUGAAAAGAAUAUUAACUAUACUGUUGACUAUGAAGAACAUAUUUUUACUUCAGAGAUGCAUCUGAUGAAAGAAGACCUAAAAGGACUCCAAGAGAAACUUCUUAAAGAAAUGCAAGAAGAGGAACUGUGUAAUGUUCGCAGAGGAUUGCAGGCACUGUUUCCAUCAGAAGAAAGAACUCUCUAGUAAAAUCUUCAGGUACCUCCCUGAAAUUCAAGACCAAAGCAGAAAAAAGGCUGGGAUCCUUGUGAGGAACGGACAGCUGAGAAGAUAGGGAUGAAGCGAAGCCUAUUGCUGCGUAACUGCAAGAUGGUUAGGUCACAUUAGCAAUACAGCUCACAGGCAUUGUUUGAAAUUUAAAAAGCUGCUCUAAGUUACCCUUAAAAUAUUUUCCUGUAUUAUAUUUUUCAGCAUCAUUUUAAUGUGUUUUAUGCAACAUUUUUAUUAUCAGUGAAAGUAUGCAUCGGUGCUGAAUAGGAGUGUUACCUUCAUAUAUUAUUAGCUAAGUUUGUAGUUAACAGUAGAUAAUCUACUGUUCUCAAACUAAAAAUGGUUCUUCUGCUGAAGAAACUUUUCACUUCUUUCUGUUUACCCUUUUUGUAUAUUACACCUGUAGUAUCAUUAUAUUGUUGUUUAGAAUUAAUAGUAUUUUAUUAUUAAUAAAAAUAUUGGUAAAUAUAAUUAACAGUAUGUUAAAAGGCUAAUUAUAGCAUUCUGUAUUUCUGCAAAAUGACAGCAAGUUAUAAAAUUGCAAUAAGUAGAAAAUAAAAAUCUUUGGAUCAAGUGAUUGGGUAAUUCAAGUUGUCAGCUGAUGGUCGCGUAAGUCAAACAUGAAGAAGUUGUACAAAAUUACAGCUACCUAGCAAGCUUCAUUGGUCCUGGAUACCACAUCUCUCACGAUUCAUCAGUUUCUUCUAGUGUUGCCUUUACUGACAUAUAUUCUAAGUGUUGCACUGUGUGUUCUUACCUUCCAUUCUUAAGUGUUAGUUCAUCCAAAGAGUAGCACUGUAUGUCUGUUUCUUCAUCCCCACGCUGAGCAGCAGAAGAUAACUGAGUUAGUUCAUCCUCUCUUUGCAUUGAUUCUAUUCACCACCAGCAGCAAUUUAGCAGUAGGCUGUACAAUUUUACAUACCAUGUAUUAUUAUUUUUACGGUUCACAAAGAUCAUCUCAACAAAGCUACAGGAUUUUAAGUGCCUUUUUCAAGUUUCUAACAUUAAACAAUUUCCUAAUAGGGUUGCAUUUAAGACUCUUGCACAGAAAUUUUUGCCUAGCUAGUGUAUGUGCUAUUUUGCUGCUGUCUCAUCGGGCAUGCUUUCCAGUGAUCGGUGUAUUAUUUUUUUCUAAGUUCUUCCUUCUAGUAGUAUUUUGAGUAGAAUUCUCUCAUGCUUCUAGAUAUCGAGCAUUACUAGAGUGUCUCGCUUUAUAUUUUUCUCAAUCAGUUCGAUUUGCUUGGUUAUUAGCUUUUAUUAACUUUCUUCUUCUAACUGUCAGGAAAACAUUAAAAUAAUUUGUUUGCUAAACAUCAAAGUCUAUUGUUACCUUUCUACCAAAGAUUGUCCAAUUUAGUAGUUUUGAAUGAGAACACAGUGAACUUCAUUGUCAUUCCUCAGAGGGCCAGAAUGUCAGCUAGUGUAGAAUGACAAUGUUAAGCUGGAUAGGAUCUGGU